AUGAUGAGGGGCUGUUGGGUGGUGUGGGUGGUGUUGGUGGGGGUCGGGCAGGUGAUUGGCGCGGCGCUGAAACAGCUGCCUGCAGCCAGCGACCAAGCAUGUGCCGACGCUUGUUUGCAGGAUGCUGCGUGCAUCUCCUUUAGCCGGGACAGUGCCAAUAUCACCUGCACGCUCAACCAGUGGAGUGUCGACUACGCCAUCGCUGACGCAACCGGAGCUCGCUACUAUCACCGUCUGCAGCCACGAAAUGAUGCCCGAGCCUAUCAAGCCGUGCCUUUCCAAGUCGAGGUCCCAACGAGCAACGUGACGCUUACGCCUGGUUCAGUGCUGCGUCGUGCCUUUGAUGCCAACAUCAUCUACCUUCUUGGUCAUCCCACCGACGAUUUGCUCUACUUUUUCCGCCUGCGCAACGGCAACCCGAAUCCGCCAGGCCAGUGCUGGGGUUGGGAUGCCAAUCUCCGCGGCAGCCUGGCCGGAGAGUUUCUCAUGGGAUCGGGCGGCAUCAGCCGUUGGCCCAUGGCCAACGCCACGCUCCGCGCGCGCAUGGAUGAGGUGGUGGCGGGCAUUCUGCAGGAGCAAGAGGCUGAUGGCUAUGCCAUGGGCUUUGCACGGAACGAAACCUGGACGCACGAGAACCCCGACUACGUCACGUCCUGGGUCACGCACGGUCUCUUGGAAGCCGCCAUUGCCGGCAAUGAGCAAGCGCUUCCCCUCAUUCGCCGCCAUCUCAACUGGUUCAACAACUGCACUUGGCUGCCACUGUAUCUGCCUCCUGAUGACCGCACCUCCUCGAGUCUCACCAACCCCAAUACCCAAGGCCAUGGCAUCUACCUCAUUUAUCAAGGCAUCAUUCACAACACGCGCAUGUCUCUGACCGAGCUGGGUACUCAGCAGGACAUUGAGGUUGUCAGCAAACUGAUGCAGGAGGAUUGGUGGCUGCGAGAGCUGGCCGCUCGCAAUCAAACUGCUGUUUGGCGCCGCAACUGGUUUCCACACAACUAUGAACUCACCGGGAUCGAGGCCUACAUGGAUAUGUACAUCAUGACAGGCAACAGCACCUAUCUGGACGCGGUGCAGGGGGCCUGGGACCUGUUUUGGCACCACUGGAUUCACCUGGGCGGCAGCAUUGCCAUCAACGAGCCAUGGGCCGUUUCCUAUCCCCCUGGGUCUUAUUAUCUGGACUUUACGGACCAGCAUCAUGAGGGCAUGACCUUGCGAUAUGGCGAGGCACCUGCCUGUCAAGGUCCGUCCGUGGACCUUGAGCAUCAGAAGCAAUGGUUCUCUGCGUACGUGCGUGACGUGACGGGACACCCCACGGGUGAGCUCUGCGGCUCCAUGUUUUGGCUCAAGCUAAAUCAGCGCUUUCAUCGGCUGGAUCCUUUGAACGAGACCUUUGUGACGGAAAUGGAGCGCGAGAUCUUCAACGUGGGCGUGGCCAACCAAGAACCCAACGGUCUGGGCAUUCGCUACUUUGCACUUUUGCACAAGAACAAGCAGGUUCCCACUACCACGGGCACCUGCUGUGAGGGCCAAGGCACGCGCAUGCUAGGCAGCCUGCCCGAAUACGUCUUUUCUUACAAUGGCACGGCCGUGUUUGUCAACCUGUAUACGGCUGCGAGUGCCCAUCUACCGCAAACGGCGGGCGAUGUGGAUAUUGUGAUCGACACGGUAUUUCCUUACGACUCGGCAGCCAACAUUACCAUCGCCGCAGCUGGCAGCGGGCAACUGGACGUCUUUGUGCGCAUCCCCAGCUGGCAAUCGGGCACAGUGGACGUGCGUGUGGAUGGGGCCGUGGCGGCUCACGGCACUCCAGGCACCUUUGUGCAUCUGAGCGUGACACGUGGCACAACAUCUCACGUCGUGGAGCUGAACCUGCAGGCCGCCCUAACAAGUCACCUGUAUACGGGUCUCACCCAGGUUAACGGCACUCGGCGAUAUGGCGUCUUGCAUGGGCCGAUUUUGAUGGCGGCCACGGGCCCAGUCAAUGUCACCACCGGUGUGGUGGACGUGGCGCUGCCCGCAGGCGCCCAAGUGUCCGAUCCGGCUUCAUUUUUAACGCGGGACGUCUGCCCUGCCGACGGCACCACAAACGGUGGAUUUGUCUUUGAAAAUGGGACACUGUUUUUGGAAUGCGCGCACGGUGGCACGAUCGAAAACGUUUCCUUCGCCUCUUUUGGCAAUCCCACCGGGACCUGUGGCAACUACGUGGUUGAUCCUGCUUGUCAUGCCCCGGAGAGUGUCCAGGUGGUGACGGCGCUCUGCCGUGGUCAAUCUUCCUGCGCCAUUGCCGCCUCAGAUGCGUUGUUUGGUGACCCCUGUGUGGGUAUGCCCAAGCGCCUGGCCGUGACCGUGACGGGCUGUGCACCCGCAGCCCCGAAUUCGCUCGACUAUGUCCUGACCGAAAACCCGGCACAUGUGGUCUGGCUGCUGUCUCUCUGUCUCUGUCUCUGUCUCUGUCUCUGUCUCUCUGUCUCUGUCUCUCUCUCUCUCUCUCUCUCUCUCUCUGUCAGUGAGCGCGGCCUUGCCACCAUGUUUGGCCAAGCUGGUAAGCUGCUUUGCCUGCCCGCCGCGGCCAGAAACGUGCACGCGCGUUGUCUUGGUGCCAUGCGGUCCAGCGGCGGCAAGACCGGCUUUGGCGGUGGUGGCUUUGGUGGUGGAGCCACGGGUGGUUUUGGCGCUCCUGCGGGCACUGCAGGUGGCUUUGGCGCUGGCGGUGCUUCCCAAGGCUUUGGUGGCGGUGCUGGGGCUUUUGGCGCCGGUGGUGCUGGGGCCGGCGGCUUUGGGGCCGGCGCUACCGGCGGCGCAUUUGGGGCUAAACCUGGCGGCUUUGGAGGUGCUGGUGGUGGCUUUGGUGCCCAAAGCACGGCCGGCGGCUUUGGUGCACAAGGCAUGCAAGGUGGAUUUGGCGCCCAGGCGGGUGGCUUUGGCCAAGGAGCUGCCGCUGGUGGUGGCAUGUUUGGUGCCAACAAGCCAACUGGUGGCUUUGGUGGCGGUGCUACCUCGACGUUUGGUGGUGGUGCAACGGCUGGCGGUGGCUUUGGCGCUGGCCGCUUCGGAGCGGGAGGCAUGGGUCAACAGGUUGGUGGCAUGGGUCAGCAGGCUGCUUCUGGCACCCGUGCCAUCCCCUUCAAGCCCCGUUCAUCAGACAGCAACAAGAAUGGUCCUCUCCGCUAUCAGUGCAUCUCAGCAAUGCAGCAAUACGAGCACAAAUCUCUCGAGGAACUACGCCUUGAAGAUUAUGCAGCAGCUGGCAAAGCCCCAGCCAUGGCUGGCGCAGCAGCUGGUGGCUUUGGUGCUCCUGCUAGUACGGCUGGUGGUUUCGGUGCUGGUGCGGGAGCAGGAGGCUUUGGCGCCAAGCCCAUGGGCGGUGGCAUGUUUGGGCAAACCGCCACGACGUCAGCCUUUGGCGGCGGUGCUGCCGGUGGAUUCGGUGCCAAGCCCAUGGGUGGCGGCUUUGGCGCUGGUGCAGGUGCUGCCGGUGCAGGUGCUGGUGGUUUCAAUCGCCCUGGCGCGGGCUUUGGACAGCAAGGCACCUCUGCCUUUGGCGGUACACAGACCUCUGUAUGUUUAUGGCGAGCGUUUCUAUCUGCGCCCACUCUUCUUUUUGCUUUCUCUCUCUCUCUCUCUCUCUCUCUCUCUCUCUCUUCUUGCUGGCUUCUCAUUGCGGUUGCAUAUUUGACACAGGCUUUUGGUGGCGGUGCUGCCGGUGGAUUUGGUGCCAAACCUGGUGGCUUCGGACAACAGGGUGCCGUGGGUGGCUUUGGCCAGCAGGGUGCCGCGGGUGGCUUUGGUCAGCCCGCCGCCAGCGGGUUUGGACAACAGGGUGCUGCCGGUGGCUUCGGUUCGACCGCCACUACUUCCGCCUUUGGCGCAAAACCCGGAGGUUUUGGCGCCACGGCCACGACGGGAUUUGGUGCAGCCGGCGCAGGCGGUGCAUUCGGUGCCAAACCUGGAGGCUUUGGCCAACCUGCUGCUACGGCUGGAGGGUUCGGUCAAGCCGGUGGCUUUGGUCAACAAGCUGGUGGAUUCGGCCAGACCGCCACUACUGCAGGUGGCUUUGGCCAACAAGGCGCUGCGGCGGGUGGCUUUGGCCAGAAGCCCGGCGGUUUUGGACAGGCCGGUGGUUUUGGUCAAGCCGGUGCAGCUGGUGGCUUUGGUCAGGCCGGUGGCUUUGGCCAAGCCGGCGCCGCGGGAGGGUUCGGUCAAACUAGUGCGGCGGGAGGUUUUGGUCAACAACAGGCAGCCGGCGGUUUUGGCCAGGCUGGUGCUGGUGGCUUUGGACAAACCCAGGCGGCUGGUGGAUUUGGCCAGCCCCAAGCCUCUGGUUUUGGAAAUACCGGUUUUGGCAUGGCAAAGCCUGGCGGCUUUGGAGGUGCCCAAACCACUGCGGGUUUUGGAAGCAACCCCAUGGCCAAUGCAGCUGGUGCGAUGACCAUGCCCGCCAUGGGCGCAAACAUGAUGGCCGCAACCAUGCCCGGUUUACCUGAACUGCCCAUCAAGCCUUCAGUGCCCAUCCCUGUUGGCCCUGAAGGCAUUGGCAGCAGCCCUUACGGUGAUCGCAAGCUGUUCCGACUUUCCAACAAGGAACGCCAGAGCAAGAGUCCUGGUGAUGCUCCAAGCAGCGCUACUGCCAAACCCGUUCGCAGCGCUGGCCGCACCCUGCCACCUCCUCUUUUUGGCUCGCGCCGCACCAUCCCCGUUCGCGCCGUCAAUCAUGAUCCAAUCAUUAACCUGGAUGACGACGAUGAUCAGCAAACCCUGUCAGUCUCCGAACUGACGCCACGCCGCGACAUCAAGCGCCUUGUGCUCAAACCGGCAGCAGGCUCUGUCAAAGACGUGCCCAACCGGCUGUUGAGCGACGACUUUGUGUCGUCUGCGCGCAGUGAAGCCCCGGCCCAGCGUGCGGCUGGCAGUAAGAAUCUCAAUGUCACCGCAAUGGACGCACAAUAUUCUGACUCAGGAGCCGAGCAGUCUGUCCUUGAUUUGCCGCCAAAGCAUUUGGACUUUUCGGACAAGGCUGCCACUCCUUCGCCCGUCGCACCAUCCAAGGCAGACAAAGAUGGUGAGCGCGUCAAAAAAUUUACGCUGCGCAAGGGCUACAAGAUGGUUUUGCAAUCCGCACACGAGUCAGCCCCACGCCCAUACACGCCAGAGGAACUUGCUGCUGUACCAGCUGCUGACCUGCGCCGCGUCACUCACCUCAAGAUUUCCAAUGAGUUUGGUGCCGUGGAGUUUGACGCCGUCAUCGAUCUCAGCGAAGGCAUGGACUUUGCUGAGAUUGUGAGCAUCCAGCGCAAGGAAAUCAGUGUUUACCCACCAGAGUAUCCGGAGAAACCAGCGCAGGGCGAAGGACUUAACCGUCCCGCCACCGUUGAGCUGCAUGGUGUUUUCCCCAGCGGCAUUCAGGACUUUUCUUCGGCGCCGGAAGCUGAAGCCAAGUACCGACUCAAGGUUGAAACCAACACAAAACGUGCUGGUGCUCACUUUGUAUCGUACAAGAAUGGAACUUGGAAGUUCAAGGUGGAUCAUUUUAGUCGGUAUGGCAUGGACGACGAUGAGGAUGAGGAGGAUGCUGCUGCUCAGAGUGGAGAGCCUGCCGCUCGCCAAACGAGCGUGCCUCUGAUUUCGGGCCUUGCGCGCCAGCGCUCGGCACCAGAGGCACACGGCAGCCCUCUGGUCAAGCCCAACGUCAAUUCAAGCAUCAUCCGUAUGGAUGAUGACGAGGAUGAGGAUUUCUCAGCCAGUGGGGCCAAUGAUCAGGCUGAGGACAUGGCUGUGGUUUUGGAAGAGUCGGGCGACCUGAAGGACCGAGAUCUUGAAGCCAAUUCUAGCCAGCACUGGGAAUGGGCCGGCGAGGAAAAGUCGGCGGGUCAGCGUCUUGCUCUGGCCACUGGCCUAGCUCCCGAAGCGCUCACGUCGAUGAAACAUCAACUUUUCGCCGAACCAGACUAUCAAGAUACGACGAAGAGUCAGCCUGCGGCAACCCGCUUGCGCUUUGUGGCUCCUCCCCACCGUGCGCCCGAAGACGAAGAUGGCUUGCAGUUUUCGUCACCAUUUGCGGCACGAUCCCACGCUGCUGUGACAGAGGAAUCGCGCUCCGAGCCAGACGUGCUGGCGGCGUUACCUCCUCUCAAAAAAGCCGCCCGUUUUGAUGAGGAUGCAGAGCAGGUUGUGCUGCUGCCGGCACCUGCUCCAUUGGAGCGUCUGAAGAUGGGGGCGGAUCGACUGAAGCAACCAGAAGCCCUUCUUGAAACAUUGGACCAAGACAAACGGCUUCCCAAGGAUUCGGCUGUAAUGCUGGGCCGGUCCUCGUGCAGCUCUUGGACGCAUCUGAAUCGUAUCAUUGUGCCGAGUCAUCAAGCCGAGCCUCUGAACCUGGCUGCUAUCUCAGAUGCUCGUGCACCUCCGCUUGGCCAGGGCACGGCCAUUGGCCAGCGCCGAGGGAUUCCAAUUUAUCGUUAUGCCUGGUCCGCAUCCCCUGAUUCAUUUCCCGUGCGUAGCGCUGUCGACGCACACGAGACAGCAGUGUUGCGCGACUUGAGCAUCGCCCCGCUUGAGAUACUACGCGCUGACGCCGAGUUGGUCCCGGCCAUCAUGACUGGAUACAAUGAAAAUCUGGCACAUCAAGCGCACAUGGGGGCGAGCUUGAGUGGUCAGCAGAGUGCCGACCCAGCUACAACGCGAAGAUCGCAUGCGCUGCACGCUUGUCAGCGGCUGUCAGCCCAUGCGCAACAGCUUGUUGCAACAGCAGCGCCGGGCACAACAAAGGCAGCUGCGCAGUAUGAUCAUCAGGUUUGGACGCUCAUCGAAGCACUCUGGUGCCCUCCGGAUCUGGUUGGGACCUCUCCAAGCGUGGAGGAGCUUGAAACGGGACUUAGCCAGCUCAUCAUGCACGCACACGGACAUGUGGAUCCCACUCGCUCACUAUACGCCGCUGCAAUGGCACGCCGUCGAGCAUUUUCGAAAUGGCUUUCAGCCACCGUGGCUCCCCUCGUGGCCCGUCUCGAUCUGACCGAAGGUCUUCCUGCCACUUCUGUUGUCGAUGAUGUGCCCUACCUCCAAAAUGUGCUGCGUGCCCUGCUGGUUCACGAUUUGGAGUCAGCUGCGUCGCUAGCAAGCAGCCAGAAGGACCAUCAUUUGAGUUUACUGAUUGCACAAGCUGGUGGUGCCAACAAGAUGCGGAGCUGGCUCUUGAACCAGUUGCAAGACUGGCAGCAGCGGGCAGCGGAUGACUUUAUCCACCCGCUCCGCUUGCGCAUUUAUGCCGUUUUGGCCGGUGCUAUGAUUUGGCCGGAUCAAGCCCAGACGCGUUUGCCAACCUGCCAAGGCUUACCGUGGCUAGCGGCGCUAGCGGUCCACCAUUGGUAUGCCGUUUCUUCCACCGCGACCGUGGCCGACAGCAUUCGGAGUUACGCACGAUCUGCUUUCAAUUUGCUCUCGGGCCGGAGCAAGUCCGGCGCUGCGGUGCAAACCUUUGAAGCCGCAGCACCUUCACCGAGUUAUUUGGACCCCGAAGCUCUGCAGGCACAGCAAAUGCUUGGCAUGCAGAAGUUUGAUGAUGCGUCGGGCAUGCCCAGCAGCAACUCUGACUUUUUUGGGGAUUUGCUGUUCAACAUCAUGCAAAUGUUUGCCUGCCCAUCCAACGUCAACAUGGAGCGGGCCUUGCUGGGUCGCACCGUGGGCCCAGAUCUGGAUGACUUGCGCCUGCCGUGCUUGGCUUACCUCAUCCUCCGAUCCCUGGGCGCCCCGCAAUUGAAUGCACACGCCGAGGCCCAGCUCUUGACUGACUUUGCCGCUCAGCUGGAAGGCGCGGGCGCUUGGUGCCACGCCGUCUUUGUCCUACUUCACUUGCGUGACGACGUGCCACGCACCCACGCGGCGCGUACUCUGGUCUUGCGUCACCUGACUGCUGAGUGCCGCGAAGCCGAGCGUGACUUUUUGAAGGUUGAACUCAAGGUGCCCGAGACUUGGCUCCACGAGGCUUUGGCACAAGAUGCUCUAUCUCGCCGGGACACUGCCGUGGCCGUCGAUCAUCUUCUCCGCGCUCAUCAAUACGACAGGGCGCACCAGCUGGUCAUGCGGCAGCUGGCUGUGCAGCUGGUCCUAGCGCGCCAAUUUCAUACACUUCUCGGCUUUUUGCAUCGCGUCGAGGCGGGCGUGCGCCAACAAUAUCAAGUUCAGCACUGGGAGCGUGGCGGGCGCGUUUUGUUGGAACUGCUUGACGUCACAACCGCUGAUAUUAAGGUGGAGGCAUCGCAAAACAUUGUGCAAAGCCUCGAAGGCUUUGGUCUUUCUGAUGCUGAGCGACGACUUUUGCGUGCCGAGUGUGCCAGCCACGUUGCCACCGCCUGGGAGGCCAAGCACCAACUGGAUGCCACCAAGUUGACGCACCUACCCGUCUCAUCGUCAUCCCGCCUGCGUGCACUGAAUGUUGUGGCCCACCAGUUCAUGUGCGCCCUGGACUCUUACUAACAAGCUGAACCCGUUUUGGAAAGUAAUCAAUUGAACUCGCCGUCGAGG